CGGGCCGUAAUAUCCUUUGAAGGGAUUUUGGUAAUAACGGGUGAACCAGAAGAGUAAAGAAUUCUCAGAAACGCAGAGAGCGAACGCCGAAGGGGAAAGCGAAGAUGCUGCUCGCCGUUCUCUUCUCCAACUCCGAAGGCAACAUUCUCGUCGAACGUUUUCAUGGAGUUCCAGCUGAGGAGCGUCUGCAUUGGAGAUCUUUCUUAGUCAAGCUGGGAGCAGAUAAUCUUAAAGGUGCCAAAAAUGAAGAACUCUUUGUUGCUUCACACAAGUCAGUCUAUAUUGUUUACACGGUGCUUGGAGAUGUCUGCAUCUAUGUUGUUGGCAAGGACGAGUAUGACGAGCUUGCUUUGUCAGAGGCACUCUUGGUUAUAACCUCGUCUGUGAAGGAUGUUUGUGGCAAACCACCAACUGAGCGCCUCUUUCUUGACAAGUACGGAAGGAUAUGCUUGUGUCUGGAUGAAAUUGUUUGGACGGGGUUACUGGAGAACACGGAGAAAGAUAGAAUCAAAAGAAUGAUAAGGUUAAAGCCACCUACGGAGUUCUGAGAAAGCUUCUUUUCAUCUAUCUACUGCUGACAUCAUCUAGUCUGUAGCAUGUUGCACAUUCCCUGCAUUUUGUACAUUUUUACCAUGCUAUUGUUCUAUUAAAUACCAAUUACUGUAACUUCUCUGUUGUUGAUGAAUAUCAUUUAGCCUUGUAACAA